GGAAAAACACUACUCUGUUUCUGGAACUAGGAGGGCGACCGAUUUCAGAUUGCAGAUCGUGCGGACAUUUUCCCUUUUCAUUUUGGUAAGUUGGAUAUGGACGCCAAUUCUAGAAUCCCACCCGCGCAUGGUUACUCCAAUCCCCACAACACCGCCGCCGCUGCCACCAGCAUUCUUCUGCCGACCGCCACGGCGGACGACGCUUCGGCGUCGAGCAGAAGGUUGGACCGAGCGGAUUGGCCAACCAUCGAUGGCCCCCUUGGCCUUUCACACGAGGAGUCUCUGACCUACGCCUCCAGAUUCUUCAAAUUGGGGUUUUUGUUCCUGCCGAUGCUUUGGGGCAUAAAUUGCUUCUAUUUCUGGCCCAUCCUUCGCCAUCCCAGUACUUAUCCUUCACACCCCCGCCUGCGCCACUAUCUUGUUGGAUCAGCAAUCGGGUUCUCCUUGUUUGCAGCGGUUCUAUGCUCAUGGGCUUUUACCUUUGCCAUAGGUGGGGAGCGUCUAUUUGGCCACAUUUGGUCGGAAUUGGUAAUGUACAAUUUUGCUGAUAAAUAUGGCUUGACUGGGUGGAUCUAGAUAUGAUUGUAGUUUGCUAUAUUUGAGAAUUUGCUAAGGUACUUUGUGUCAUGGCUUGUAACUAUUACCUUAACAAGAUGAAUAUGAAUCUUCUACUUGUAUCCAAUGGUUACAUGUGUAUGAGCAGGCAAGAUACUGUCUUUUUGAGAAAAAAAAGAAAAGAAAAAAAGGGAAAAGGAUUUGGGGUGUUCUAUGGGGUUCUGGCUGUUUAAUAUAUGAAAAGAUUUCUGGUGUAUUUAAA